AUGGCCAGCCACACGGAAGAGAACAUCCUUGAAAAGGAUUUCAGGAUCUUGUUAUCUCUGGGUUGUGGCUCUUUCGGGGAGGUGAAGCUUGCCUGCCACCUUCCCACAAGUGCACGGGUUGCCGUCAAGGUCCUUGAGAAAAACAUCAACAAUGUGGCUGACAUCACUUCGGAGGUGGAGCUCCUUCGAUCUCUAGAACACAGGAACAUUGUUCGAUUCUUUCACAAGAUUGACACACUGACAACAACUUAUGUGAUUAUGGAGUACGUGGCAGGCGAAGACCUUGAGCGGUGCCUCAGGGCACUGGGCUGUCUGAAGGAGGAGGAGGCUGUACCUAUUUUCCAGCAGGUGGUGUCCGCCGUUCACUUCCUCCACCAAAGACACAUUGCACAUCGUGAUAUUAAAUUAGAAAACAUUCUGGUCGAUGCGGCAGGAAAUGUGAAGCUUUGUGACUUUGGUAUGGCAAUAAAAAUCACAGAAGGGCAGAUGCUGGAGGACAUCUGUGGCUCCUUGCUCUACUGGGCCCCAGAGAUCUUGGCAAAGAAACCUUAUAAUGGACUGGCCGUUGACAUGUGGAGCUUGGGCAUUGUCCUCUUUGUUCUGGUCACAGGGAACUUUCCAUAUGUAGAAGCCUCCACUGAGGAUAUGUACAGGACCAUCACUACUGCCAUGUGUCCCAUUCCUUACCACUUGUCGAAACAGUGUCACAGCAUCAUUGCACGGUUACUCAUGGUCCCUACCUGGUACAGGAUGACAAUACAACAGCUUGUGGAACGACCGUGGCUGGGCCACAUUCAAGAACAUGGAUUGGUUGCCACAAAAGAAAUCCUUCCCAGGAUCGUGAACACCAUGUGCACCAUUGGCUAUACCUGUGAAGAGAUUGUGUCAUCCCUAACAAAUAGGCAACUCAAAGGUGAAGUAAUGGCAACAUUUAAUAUUUUAAAAUACCAACUCAGCUGUGGGGACAGCCAUCAACAAGUGGAGAAGCCCUGGGCAAACAGAAAGCCUGCAGGUGCCCUUAACCUUCCCCCCUUGAAGAGGAGAGCCAGUGAGCCUGCCUUUUUAACCUGUGUAGAAGCUGAGAAGAGUCACUUUCAGCAUGAGGGUAUGGAAGGAAGAGGGAAGAGUUGCAGAAGGUACCCAACAUUCACCAAAUCCUCCUGCAUGGAGAAGAUACCUUGUUCAGAUGACCCAGUGCCAGAAGAAGAUGCUCUGACAGCUGGCAUCACUAACACUGCUACAGGAGAUAUUGCAGUCGACAGAAAUUCCACAGACAGUCUGCCUGGUGAGCACUUCUCUGCGGUGUCAGCUCAGGAUGAAACAUCCACAGGGUUUCUGAACAUGGGCUUCUGUGAAGAAGAACCAUCCACAGGGCCAGAAAUUUGCAGUGAGCAGUCUCACGCUGGACCCACAGCUUCUGGAUCCAGGUCACUCAGGGCACUGAGAGCUCUGUGCUGUUGCUGUCUUACCUCCUCCACGGUGAGCCCAAGUCCCUGUGUUAGGUGCAACAAAGGAGAGAUAGGAUAG